GGAAGCAAACUUAGCGGGGAAAGCAGUGUCCCGGGUAUAAAGUCGGUUACACCAUGGGGGGAAUCAUCCAGUGAAGUUUGGACUGCGACUAGAUUGCAACAGAUCUGGCACAAUGAAAAUUUUGUUCCUGGCGCUCUUUCUGGGGCUGUUCGCCCUAGCCUUCUGUGACAAGAAGGAAGUCAAGGAGGCAGAGAAGAAGAUAGCUGUAGACACAAAAGCGGAAGAGACUUCUGAAGACAAGAAACAGGACAAAAGAGGACUCUAUGGUUUUGAAGGGGGUGAUGGUCACGGAAGUUAUUACGGAGGUGGCGAUUUCGGCGGGGGUGACUUUGGUGGUCAUGGUCUAGAAUUGACUGGUCAUGGUCACCACGAAGAUCACGGAAAGGUGAAGCAAAUCACGAUAGAAAAAACCGUGAAGGUACCAGUGCCUGUGGAAAAACAGGUGCAUGUUCCAGUAGAGAAAGAAGUUCUCUACCCAGUUGAGAAGAAGGUUCCUGUUCCUUAUCCGGUGGAAAAGCACAUCCCAGUGCCCUACAAGGUCUACGUCAAAGUUCCAGUACACAUACCACAGCCCUACCCAGUCGAAAAGAAGGUCCAUUAUCCGGUGCAUGUGCCCUAUGAUCGACCAGUGCCCUACAAAGUUUAUGUGCCCCAGCCGUACCCAGUGGAAAAAAAGGUGCACUAUGCGGUAAAAGUGCCUGUUCCACAACCUUAUCCAAUCGAAAAAAAGGUGCCCUACCCAGUCAAGGUUAUUCAGCAUGUUCCAGCUCCGUUCCCCGUUGAAAAGAAAGUACCAUAUCCGGUGAAGGUCCCAGUUGAUAGACCAUAUCCGGUUCACAUUUCAAAACCCUACCCAGUUCCGGUUGAAAAAAAGGUUCCGGUGCCAGUGGAGAAGCCUGUUCCUUACCCAGUAAAGGUGCACGUUGACAGACCGGUACCCUACCAUGUGGAGAAAAAAGUACCCUAUGAGGUAAAAGUACCUGUAGACGCACCCUAUCCUGUAGUCAAGGAAGUGCCGUAUCCAGUGGAGAAAAAAGUACCCUAUCCUGUUCCCGUGCAUCAUCAGGAAGAGAGUCAUGGUCAUGAGCAUGGAGGCGGUUCCACUUUGGAAGGAGAUUACGAAUCCAGUUUUGGAGGUGGGGGUGGAUAUGAACAUGGGCAUUCUGGAUAUGAAAGUUACUGAAGAUUCGAGUGACGAUUGCCAUUGAAAAUGUGUAAAGAUUAGAGUUUGAUUGAUUGAUUCUUUGAUAACUGAUUGUUCGAUCAACGAUGAAGUUUGAUCAGAACCCAUCCUGUGAUAUUGUUGCCCAGGUAAGUGCAUCAUUUAUCGACCUGAAACCUCUAAUCAGUUAUGAAGUUUUGCUUACUCACUCGCGGAUUAUUUAUGCGAUUAAUUAAAUUAAAAAAAGUUUCGCAGGAGUCAAAAAAUUAUAUGACAAGUAAACUGGUCCACAAGUGGUAAGCAAAACUCUAAUGGGAGAGAUGAGUCGCCUGAUGCACUUAUUGUUCAAAGAUUUAUAAAAUUGACAAAUGUAAUUCUAGACAUCUUGACUCAAUGGUAAUCAAUAAUUGUAAGUAGACACAUUGUAAAAAUAUAAUUUUGUACGUAAUAUGUGAGUUCUAUUUGCUUGCAAUCAAAAUCUCUGCCAGUAAUUUUGUAUUCUGCAACUCCUUUUUUUUGUAAUAAAACCAAAGACCAAGAAAAAAUCAAAUUAAUUAAUUCAUACAAAAGCCCGACAUUUAUUUCUUAUCUCUUUGAUGUAAGUUCUUGGAUAACCGCAAUCUUUCAGAUUUAAUUAUUACUCGCGGGUUCAAACUGCGAGUGAAAGGAGAAAGGUAGCACGUGCUAUUGUAAAGAGGAAAUGAUUCAACUGGUGUCGAUGACUAGGAAAGUGGUAUGUAGUGAAAAUUCCUUGAAUAAAUGAACUUUUUACCAA